ACCGCUAUAUCCACUCAUUUCAUUCCACUCCAUGCUGGCUCUGCAAAAAAACUCGGGACUUUGAGAAUCAGAAAACAGUAGAGAGAAUUCAACAAUGGCUUCAUCUCUAUCUAUAUACAUAUCUCCACAAGCCCUAGCUCGCAAUACUCCAAACCCUCGCAACCCCCUCCCCAGAAAGCUCUCCAAAUCAAACCCUAACCACCACCAUCGCAUUACUCGCACCACCUCCCGUGACUUCCAUCCUCCGCCGCCGCCGCCUCUCUCCUCCGUCUCCGGCGGCGACGCCACCACCUACACCCGCCUCCCUCCCAAAGACGACUUCUUUCUCUCCUCUCUCCACUCCUCAACCGAGGUCAAGCUAUCCGAAUUGAAUAUUUCAACUCGAAAGAUCGAAAACGACGAAUCGAGUCAAGAAGAAGAGUUGUUUGAUGAAAAUCUAGGGCUUUCUUACGGAAAGUUCGAAUUGUUCGAGGUGAAUUCUGAUUCUGAAUUCGAAGACGAUGAUAAUGAGGAGGAGGAGGAGGAGGACUAUGGUGGUGAAAUGUUAGGGUUUGAGGGUGGAGAAGCUGGGGAUGUGGUUGGUGGGGAUGGAAUUGAAGGAGAGGAAGUGAAGGAGAAGGAGAAAGGAGUGCCGGCGGUGAUGAGAUGCUUUGACAGAGCGAAGAUUUUUGUUAAGGCCGGUGAUGGCGGGAAUGGGGUGGUGGCGUUCCGGCGAGAAAAGUACGUGCCGUUUGGGGGACCAUCCGGUGGCGACGGAGGGAGGGGUGGGAAUGUGUAUGUGGAAGUUGAUGGGUCGAUGAAUUCGUUAUUGCCGUUUCGACAGAACAUUCAUUUCAGGGCAGGGAGGGGGAGCCAUGGGCAGGGGAAGAAGCAGAAUGGGGCGAAGGGAGAGGAUGUUGUGGUGAAGGUGGCACCAGGGACGGUUAUUAGGGAGGCUGCCAUGGAUGGAGAGCACGGGGAGGUGCUUUUGGAGUUGUUGUAUCCGGGGCAGAGGGCGUUGUUGUUGCCGGGUGGAAGAGGAGGGAGAGGCAAUGCUUCUUUUAAGUCGGGGACGAACAAGGUGCCAAAGAUUGCGGAGAUUGGAGAGGAGGGCCCAGAAUUGUGGUUGGAGUUAGAGCUAAAGUUGGUAGCUGAUGUUGGAAUAAUAGGUGCUCCAAAUGCAGGGAAAAGCACACUUCUUAGUGUUAUUAGUGCUGCUCAGCCAGCUAUUGCAAACUAUCCCUUUACAACUUUACUUCCAAAUCUCGGUGUUGUUUCAUUUGACUAUGAUUCUACAAUGGUCGUAGCAGAUCUCCCAGGUUUACUUGAAGGAGCACACCGAGGUUUUGGUUUAGGCCAUGAGUUUCUCCGGCACACGGAAAGAUGUUCUGCUUUGGUACAUGUUGUUGAUGGUUCAUCACAGCAACCUGAAUAUGAAUUUGAUGCAGUUCGUCUUGAGCUAGAACUGUUCAAUCCUGAACUUGCUGAAAAGCCGUAUUUAGUUGCCUACAACAAAAUGGAUCUUCUGGAGGCAUCUGAAAGGUGGGUAUCAUUCAAGGAAAACUUGCAAGCUCGUGGCAUUGAACCUUUUUGCAUGAGUGCUGUUAUGAGAGAGGCUACUCAUGAAGUGACCUGUGCUGCCUAUGAGCUUGUACGAAAAAGAAUGGAAGACAAUAAGGAAGAAGGUUGGAAUAAUCCAGUAAACUUGAACCAUGUGGCUGAUAUGGUGCAGAAGCAGCGAACUGCCCCUAUUAAUGAGUUUGAGAUCUCUCAUGAAAGCAGUACUAAUACGUGGCAUGUAGUUGGAUCUGGGUUACAACGUUUUGUUCAAAUGACAAACUGGCGAUACAUAGAUUCAGAGAGAAGGUUCCAACAUGUUUUGGAGGCAUGUGGUGUGUACAAGUCUCUAAUUAAACUUGGUGUCAACGAGGGUGACACUGUCGUUGUUGGUGAGAUGGAGAUGGUAUGGCACGACUCUGCAGACAGCUCCCGAUUAAAUUUGAGGAAGGGGUCAACCGGUUCAAUUAAAUGGCCUCAGUGGACAUAAUGUAACCGUGUCAUUCAAGUGCCAUUGUGCCAAUCCAUUACUGUCAAUGGAAGCUUGCCUGAACCCCUUAUUCCUCAGCAGUACCAUUCUAGCAAUGCCGUUAUGAUGGUUGAGGGUUUUUAACUUAUGAACUUGUCCGAGGCCGUCCAGAUUUGGAGUUCAAACAUAUGUGCAGUGCUUCAUGAUUGGGAGAGUUUCAUGAGGAUUAGUGUUGCAGAGCAAAUAUUUUAUUGUUUCUUGCUGAAUAAUACUUUACAUGAUGAAUGUAAAACCAAACUGGCCUGUAUUGAUUAUUUUAAUUUAAUUGAUCAACUGAAGUAAGGAAGAACAAACGGUUGCCUUUUUUAUAUUGGCUUGCUCAUAGUUUUGAGAUGUGAUUUCAUGUAUGCCCAUGUUAUAUCUUUGUGA